AUGAGCCUCGCCGCCGACAUGGGUCCCUUCUUCGACUCCGCUGUCCACAGCCUCCUCCACCUCCCUGAGACCCUGGAGAAGAUCUCCUCCUUACCUCCUUCAGCGCGGCGGCACGACGACGAUGACAAGGAGAGGAGCCAUGAAAGCAUUCCCGCCGUCGACAUUCUCGAGACCGCCAAGGAGCACACUUUCAUCGUGGACGUGCCCGGCCUAUCCAAGGCCAACGUCCAGGUGACGCUAGAGGAGGGCGGUAAGUCACUGGUGAUCCGGGGCAGCGGCAAGAGGAAGAGAGACGAAGAGGAGGGAUGUCGGUACCUCCGAUUGGAGAGGCGAGGUCCCACCAAGUUCUGUCGGAGAUUUCAUAUGCAAGGAAAGAGAUGUUCAUAUGCGUAA